AUGUCCCAGCCGUUCAAAUUAUUCCGUCUUCCAAUUGUGGCUCUUCGAAAUGUUCUAGAAUUAUUGGAUCCCAUUGAAUUAUUCGAUUUAUCCCAAUGCUCCCGAAGAUCCCUCUCGAUCAUCCCGUUAUCCGGUAGCAGAAAGUUCAAGCUUCGCAUGAACAAUAAUUAUAGCUUCAUCCAUAUCCUAGCUCCAUCCAAUGUCUACUCUUUUCGUAUGUAUGAGAAUAGUUCUCAAUCGAAAUACAUUCUGCACGGAACCCGUACUUUUAUGGAGUCUACAGUAACGAUUAGCCGCCACUCAGAGUAUGAGCUCUAUAGUUUCUGGGAUGAUCGAUUUGUUGGAUUGAAGACUGUCUUCUUCCAUCUCUCAAAAAUUUUCAACUGCGGCAUUGAAUCUGCAAAGUUUUAUACUACAAUUCCUGCAGUGAUCAACAUGCCAAUUAUUGAUUUUAUCAUUAGCCGACAGUCCGAAAUCAAAGAACUCCAUAUCAGUGGCAAAAACUUUUCUGAUGAACAUGUGAUUGAGAUUUUCGAUAAAUUGAGAGUCACUGAUCGCUUACUUAUCCGUCAUGAAUUUUCCAUGUCUCCUCCAUUAAUUCCAUUCAACUCGAAGUCCAUUGAUAUCUGGAAGUCGUACUGGAUCACAACUGAACACUUGAAUUCCAUGAGGAACAGUACUUUAAUUCAGUUAAAUUGGUCUACUUUAACUGAUCGUGAUAUGACUUCAUUCUUGAACGAUUGGAAGUCUGGACAGUUUCCAAAUCUUCAAUACUUAUCCAUCCAAAGCAAUUUCCUUAGCAAAAACUUCACUGCAUUUGGACUACCGUCACUUCAAGAUACUGUCGAUCCACAAGAUCAUCAAAGAAUCAUCUUUGGUUACCCAAGAUCUAUUUAUGGAGGAGUUGAUGUUCAGCGAGAUGAUGGAGUAGUUGCAAACGUUCACUUUGACAAUGAAGAGGGAGUUUUGGAAAUUCUGGUAUUGUCAUAA